CUACGUCCCGCCUUCUCUCACACUUGCAACAUGGCGCCACUGUUGGUGUCGCUGAAAUGCGGCUUACACUUGCACAGGCAAAAACUGGCAAGUAUUCUUCGAAAAACUAGCUCAUAUCACACUUGGAAUAAAAGUCAAAGCGAGAACGGGACGAAGUACACGCGCCAAAGUCCUUACCUGCUGAGUGCCCUGCCGCGCUUGCGAACAAGAACUUGGAAAACAAAUACAACUGAAAGCAGUAGACGGAUUUUGGAGGCAGCAAACCAGUUGCAGGUGACAGAUAAACGAACAUGCUGGCACGGGAACGCUGGAGGACGUCUCAUUGCAGACCCCAAAAAUGUGCUGAAAGAGGUGAACACAACUACUAUCCUGUCUGCCAUGCUGUCUUAUGUGUGGCCGAAGGACAGACCUGACCUACGGGCCCGUGUUGUCCUCUCGCUGGGCCUGCUAGCCACAGCCAAGAUCACCAAUGUGACAGUGCCCUUCAUGUUUAAGUAUGCAGUGGACGAGCUUAACCAGAUGUCGGGACACAUGCUGAACCUGAACGAUGCGGCAAGCACUGUGGCUACCAUGGCAACGGCCAUGCUGAUUGGCUAUGGUUUGUCACGGGCCUGUGCAGCCCUCUUCAACGAGCUUCGGAACAUGGUGUUCGGCAAAGUGGCCCAGAGCUCUAUCCGACGCAUCGCCAAGAACGUCUUCCUCCACUUGCACAAUCUGGAUCUGGGGUUUCAUCUCAGCCGCCAGACGGGAGCACUAUCCAAGGCCAUCGACCGUGGCACCAGAGGCAUCUCAUUUGUCCUUAGCGCCCUCAUCUUCAAUCUUGGUCCCACCGUCUUUGAAAUGGGACUUGUGAGUGCCAUCCUGUUCUACAAGUGUGGCGGACAAUUCACGGCCGUGGCUUUGGGUACCUUAUCCACAUACGCCCUUUUUACCAUUCUCAUGACGCAGUGGAGGACUCGUUUCCGCGUAGAAAUGAACAAAGCAGACAACGAAGCAGGCAAUGCAGCUAUCGACUCUCUCCUCAACUAUGAGACUGUUAAGUACUUCAACAAUGAGAAGUAUGAAGCUCAAAAGUACGAUGGGUUCCUGAAAAGCUACGAAUCGUCCUCGUUGAAAACCACGUCCACGCUAGCAAUGCUCAACUUUGGCCAGAGCGCCAUCUUCAGUGUCGGCCUAACCGGAAUCAUGUUGCUGGCAAGCAAGGGCAUUGCGGCAGGUACAAUGACAGUGGGUGACUUGGUGAUGGUGAACGGCCUGCUCUUCCAGCUGUCCCUCCCUCUAAACUUCCUGGGCACGGUGUACAGAGAGACACGACAGGCUCUUAUAGACAUGAACACGCUUUUCACGCUGCUCAGUAUUGACACCAAGAUCAAGGAGAAGGAUCUCGCGCCACCUUUAAGCCUCACGCCACAAGAGUCCACGAUUCGCUUUGAGGAUGUAUAUUUUGAAUACCUGGAAGGCCAGAAGGUCCUGAAUGGGGUGACCUUCGAGGUACCUGCCGGCAAGAAGGUGGCCAUAGUCGGUGGCAGCGGCUCCGGGAAAAGCACAGUAGUGCGGCUGCUGUUCCGCUUCUAUGAGCCCCAGCAGGGGAACAUAUACAUCGGUGGGCAAAACAUCAGAGACGUCAGCCUUGAGAGCUUGAGGAAGGCUUUAGGGGUCGUACCGCAGGAUGCUGUUCUGUUCCACAACACCAUCUUCUACAACCUGCAGUACGGGAACAUCAACGCCACACCGGAGGAUGUUUACCAAGUGGCUCGUCUUGCAGGCAUCCACGAUGCCAUCCUCAGGAUGCCGCAUGGCUAUGACACUCAGGUCGGGGAGAGAGGCCUAAAGCUGUCAGGCGGGGAGAAGCAGCGUGUCGCUAUCGCCCGUGCAAUACUGAAGAAUCCGCCCAUUCUCCUGUAUGACGAGGCCACAUCAUCUCUGGACUCCAUCACAGAAGAGAACAUCCUGAGCGCAAUGAAGGAGAUGGUGAAAGACAGGACCUCAGUGUUCAUCGCUCACAGGCUUUCCACCAUUGUGGACGCCGACGAGAUCAUUGUGCUUAGCGAGGGUAAGGUGAAAGAGCGCGGCAACCAUGAAACGCUGCUCAGCACCGCGGGCAGCAUGUACGCCGACCUGUGGAACACCCAGAACAGCAAAAUGCUGAACAGCAACAAGAGCUUCAGCCAGCCGGCGACCGAGCGCCUUUCCCAGAAGGAGGAGGAGAGGAAGAAACUGCAGGAGGAGAUCCUCAACAGUGUGAAGGGCUGUGGGAACUGCUCCUGCUGAGAGAAGCUGCCAUCUCCAAGUCUCAUCACCAUCCCCACGCACAUGGCCCAAGCUGGAGUCCCCAGUCUGUGUGGUAUUUGAGGAAGGGAAAGUGGAUGGUGGGAGGGAUGUGGCCCCAUUAUGCAUCCUAGCCAGGCACCAUUCCUUUUCCUCCGGCUUGUCCUUCUCAUCAUCUGAAUAACGGCUCUCGCCGGCCAAGUUGAGGAGGAGCUAAACAGACACUGGAUGGCGUCCAGAGAUUCUAUAUGUCACUUUCCUCAGCUGAAAGCCAAGAGUAAAGAGAUCUUGUAUAUCACAUACGUGCACGCUAGACAUCUGCUAGGCAACAUGGUCACCGGCACUUCCCUGGCUUUGCUUUGCAUCCUUUGGGCUUUAUUGACAUCUUUCUUCACACUGGAAACAGAGCAGAUUACGCGCGAUGAUGUACAUAUGCCUUUAUACGACACACUUUAUAUAGCUACGUCUGAAAGAUUUUAAUUUUUUUUUAGAUUAAA